AUGACUACCGAGAAGCCAUGGUAUGCAGAAUUUCCAGAGCCCAAAACAGAAGCGGCGGUUAUGCCUCGGAACCGUGUGAUGCAGAUGUUGUCAUUACGCGGUGUAGCAAGUCUACUCGUAAUUGAUCUCAGGAGGAUGGAUUUUGAGGGAGGAUGUCUUCGUGGCAGUUUGAAUAUUCCUGCCCAGGGCUUCUGGUGGAACAGAGGAAUGCUAUACGAGUUGGCAUACAAAGCCGACAUUGAAUGGGUUGUCUUCACUUGUGGCUCCUCAAAUGGUAGAGCACCUCGCUGUGCUGCGUGGUUCAAGGAGUUCAUUGACGCAGCUGGAGAUGAGCAGAUGCAAUCGAUGGUACUCGAAGGAGGCGUCAAGGGCUGGGUCAAGAGCGGACCACAGUUCACGCGAUUGAUGGAUGGUUACAAAGAGUCAUACUGGCAAGACCUCUUCGCCCAAGAAGAAGCCAAGAGAGCCGCAGCUCAAGGACAAGACGACAAGAACUUGGUUGGCCAGGGAGACGUGACGAAGUGA